AUCAUUUGAAUGCCGGGAGGCGGUCAUUGGUGAAUCAAGCUGUCUGCAGUAACGUCAGGAGAUUAGUGAAUCGCAGCUGGAAUGCGAGCUUGAUUCACAAAGGCAAGAGAGGGAGACAAAGCCACCGCGCAGAAGAUACGCACACCGGACUGCCACAUCCCGCACAGCCAUGAAGGGAGAGCAUUUAUUUGCCAACAUGAGAAGCGCUCCAUUCCUCCAGCGGGUUUACCUCCUAGGAGGGGAAGAGCUGGUAGUCCUGCAGUCCACCAUGGGAGAGUCCUCACUGGGAGACAGUUUUCAACAAAUCACCGACUUUAAUGAUCUCCCCACAUCCCUCUUCGCCUGCAACGUGGACCAAUCAGUAUUUGAAGACCAUGAGGGCAAGGAAAUGUUCGAGGCGCUCUUCCUCGCAUACGAUGAGGGUGUGACGUUCCAGCAGUUUAAGAGCUUCCGACGUGUACGAAUCAAUUUCAGUAACCCCAAAGCAGCGGCCAGCGCUAGAAUAGAGCUGCACGAGACACCUUUCAGAGGAAAGAAACUUAAACUCUACUUUGCCCAGGUGCAGAACCCAGCAUCCGAAGGAGACAAUUUGCACCUGGCUCCUCCCCAGCCUUCCAAACAGUUCCUCAUCUCUCCUCCUGGCUCACCUCCAGUUGGCUGGCAACAGAUUGACGAGGCCACACCAGUCAUUAACUACGACCUGCUUUAUGCAGUUGCCAAGCUUGGCCCAGGUGAGAAGUUUGAGCUACAUGCAGGCACAGAGUCUACACCCAGCGUGGUGGUCCACGUGUGCGACAGCGACACGGAUGAAGAGGAGGAACCAAAGAACAACCCUAAACCAAAAAUCAUCCAGACCCGACGCCCAGACCUGCCAGUCUCACACUGAACUCUACAGCUCCACAGAGUCAGGAGGAUUUAUUCCCUCCACCAUCUCGCUCACAGGACCUCUGCCACCCUCCUUCAGAACCUUAUCAAACACACAACCAGGGUCUGAGGGACUCUGAUCUGUGUUUCUCAUUCAGCACACACAUGUAUACAAUACUCAAUGUGCUGUCACACAAUUUUUUUUUUUAUGUUGCAAUACUCUGUGUUAAAUAUGGCCGCUCUGUGUAACUCUUUCCCAAUCUGACUCUGUUGUAAUGUCAUCUGAUCACCAGUUAGAGGCAGCAUGUACCCGUCCCAGCUCUCACCUACAUUUCUGAUUGGCUCCUGGGCCGCGGCACAUGAUAGUGUCAGAUGUGCCUACUGGCUGAUUGCUCUUGCACCACAACUAUGUACUAUUUGUACCCAGCAAGCCAUUAAUAAUAUUACGUUUCUCAUAAGGGCAUGCUAGCCACUAAAUGUGGCUAAACACCAGCGCUGCAUGUGGCACCCUUACAAAUAUACCUUGCCUAACAAAUUUCUGUCAGAUAACCCUAGUAUGGCAAACGGUUCAGCAAAAAGUGCAGACCACAAGAAUCGUUCCUUUCAGGCCAGUGCAUGUUUUGAUAGCAAACUGUACGUUCCCGCUGUGUAUAAUUGUCUACGUGUCUCGCCGACAGUGUUCUUACAGAAAAACGAUGCUUUUCCCGAACGAUAAGCUGAUUUUGAUCGCACCUUUUGAUGGAACCUAUGAGUUGCUUCCUCAAUGUGAAUAUUUUUUUGUCGUGCUUGUGCCCUUUUCAAGAACUUUUUUUUCUGUAAGCUCCCAUUACAGAUUAGAUGACAUCAAUGGGUAAUCAGAUGUCAUUUAAAGAAGUCUGUAUUAUGCAUGGUUACUCGUUUCUAGAAUUUAAUGUAGUUGUCCAAAUCCAUAGCUCUCCUUGUAGUCUGUGAGACUUCAUUCAGUUCAUUUCUAAUCAUGUCAAAGUAAACACCUGAGACAGAUCUUCCAAGUGCUAUUACACAGUGGGUAACAAAAAGCAAAUGUUACGAAGGUGAUGUCGACCUUUCUUAAUCAGGCAGUAUCUUUUUGGUGUGCCUAAAAAAUAUCAAUGCAUAACAUCCAGGCAUGCACAAACCAUAUCCGUACAUUUGAGUCGCAAAGGCACUAUACAACCCGAGUAGUCGGCAAACACACCACGUGGAAGCAUUAGUUAUGGUAUAAAGGUUAUAUUAUUUCUUCCAAGAUAUAUAUAUAUAUAUAUAUAUAUAUGGCACCCAUCCCGGACAGUUGCAUCAACACUGUGAUGUGUCAUUACUGUGAUACUUGACUAACGCCCUAUGUUGAAGUAUUAUUGUACGAGUAUGUUGUAAAAAUAAGGAGGUUAUCAGGCUUAAACGUCUUUUCUUCAGUGUUCACGACUUACCACAGAUUUUAUAAUCUAUAUAUACCAUGUUUCCUCAAAUCCCUGUUGAAUUGGAUUGUUCCUUGGUCCAAAUGCUGUCGGUUUGCCAGUCGUCCGCCUGUGUCCAUUAGCCUGAAAGAAUGUAGAAAUAAUACACCCCAUCCCACUGAACCAGUGACUCUUGCACUGUUCUGGAAACAGGGUACUUACUGCUCUCGUUUGACAUCACCGUCUGCAUUGUGACACACAGAUGUUUCCUUAUGCUACCGCAGCCUCAAGCCUUAUUUGAUUUAGCGCUCGCAAGGUUAGCAGUGCACACUCUGGUCCGCUUUUCUGAAACAAAAAAGAGACAUAGGAUCAGUACACAUCAAUAGGAUAAAUGAGGAAACGAAUGGGACGAGAGCAAUAUAAAACAACCGAUACCAACCGACCGUCCACUGCCUUGGACUUUCCCUUCCAAUUCAUUAUUGCCUGCUAGGCCAAUCAGCUCUUCCCAUAUUCUCUCGUCACGACGACAAAAAUCUAUCGCAGUCUCACACGCUGCCAGCCUUCCUUAUCGUCAUGUAAUUUAAGAUUUUUGUAUUGUUCUGUAUUGCACUUUCUUAUUCACAUGGCUGUACACAGUAUCAUUCAGUAACUGUAUUUCCUUUUAUUUUUCAUGUAUUCCUGAAGACAUGAUAUUAUCUCUGUUCUUAAAAGUCUUUGAUCUGGAGUUAGUGUCACUGAUGUUGGGAAACAAUAUCUGUAUUGUGUAUACUCGUGCAAGACCAUUGGUGUUCUUGUCAUCUACAUGUGCGUCCUGCCUGCCGACACUAAGGAGACAUAUCUGUAUAUAUUAAUCAAUAAUAUUUUUACUGCAUUUUUGUACAAAUAUUCAUGGUAGCCAUGUACAAGUAGUUGAGAUGAUUCUUUGUUAGUAUUAAAAAAAAAGUUUGGUUUUAAA